AUGCCCACAAACGGGAUUAACAGAGCCCUCAAGCUCCAGUUUGGCCUCAUCAACUAUGAAAACCGCUACCUGACAGCAGAGGCCUUUGGCUUCAAGGUGAACGCCUCGGGCACCAGCAUGAAGAAGAAACAGAUCUGGACCUUGGAGCACGACGAGCGUGACGGCCAGGUGGUGUUCCUCCGCAGCCACUUGGGACGCUACCUUGCUACCGACAAAGACGGGAAGAUCACGUGCGGGGCGGAAAGUCCUGAACCAGAGUGCCGGUUCCUGAUUGUCCCCCAGUCUGACGGUCGCUGGGCGCUGCAAUCGGAGCCUUAUCUGCGCUACUUCGGGGGCUCGGCCGACUACCUGUCCUGCUUUGCCCAAGUGAUUUCCGAACAGGAGUUGUGGGCCGUCCAUUUGGCUUUACACCCGCAGGCCAGUCUGCUCAGCGUGGCACGGAAACGCUACGCCCAUCUGUCCGCUUCCGACGGGGAGAUCUCAGUGGACAGCAACAUUCCCUGGGGUGUGGACUCCUUGGUCACGUUGGUGUACCAGGAUGGCAAGUACAGCUUGAAGACCUGCGACAGCCGUUUUCUCAGCAACGACGGCAAAUUAGUGAAGGAGAACACCAAUACGACGAGCUUUACGCUGGAGUUGAAAUCAGGCAAGCUGGCCUUCAAGGACAGCGACGGCAAAUAUCUGACCCCGGUGGGUCCCACGGGAACGCUGCGAUCCGGUCGAUGCUCCAAGCCCGGGAAAGACGAGCUCUUCGACCUUGAGGAAAGUCACCCGCAAGUCGUUUUUCAAGCUGCCAAUAAAAGAUUUGUCUCCGUCAAGCAAGGUGUGAGCAUUUCGGCCAAUCAGGAUGCGGAGACAGACAUGGAGACUUUCCAGAUGGAAAUUGACAAGAAGAGCAAAAAAUCCAUGUUCAGAACCAACGGCGGGUCCUACUGGACUCUUGUGACUCACGGAGAGAUCCAGUCCACCGCAUCCGAAGCUGAGAUGAAUACGAUGUUUGACAUUGAGUGGCGAGGACAAAGAGUGGCACUGAAGGCCAGCAAUGGGAAAUACGUCUGCACAAAGAAGAACGGGCAGCUGUCAGCGGUGAGCGAUGCCGUCGGUAAGUGCUCGAGCGGCGGGACUCGGUCUCGAUUGCCAGAGGUUGCAGCUGGGACGGUACACGCUCAACGUCCUGUUUCCGAAGGGGAGGACGAAUUAUUCUUGAUGAAGCUCAUCAACCGGCCCAUGCUGAUCCUCCGCGGGGAGAACGGCUUCGUGUGUCACCACAAGAACUCCAACACCCUGAACGCCAACCGAUCCAUCUACGACAUUUUCUCCCUCGUAUUCAACGACGGAGCCUACAAUGUUAAAAGCGUGAAUGGAAAGUUCUGGUACGUUUCCAGCAGUGGCCUUGUGUGCUCAGACGGAGAAAAGGCUGAAGAUUUUUUCUUGGAGUUCCUGGAACACGGCCGAGUAGCCAUCAAAGGUUCCAACGGCAAAUACCUUCGAGGAGACCAAGGAGGCACACUGAUGGGCGACCGCACUUCUGUUGACGCCUCCUCUCUUUGGGAGUACUAA